AUGGACCGCACCGUGGUACUCAUCACCGGCUGUUCCUCCGGCAUUGGCUUACACCUGGCCCUGCGACUGGCAUCCGACCCGUCCCAGAGCUUCAAAGUGUACGCCACGCUGAGGGACCUGGCGUCACAGGGCCCACUGCUGGAGGCCGCCCAGUCCCGAGGGUGCCCUCCCGGCUCCCUGGAGACGUUGCAGCUGGACGUGAGGGAUGCAGAUUCCAUAGCCACUGCCCAGGCACGCGUGACGGAGGGCCGCGUGGACGUGCUGGUGUGUAACGCAGGCCGGGGCUUGGUGGGGCCGCUGGAGGCCCACAAGGAGGGCAGCGUGGACGCCGUGCUGGACGUGAACCUAAUGGGGACCGUGCGGAUGCUGCAGGCCUUUCUGCUGGACAUGAAGCGCCGCCGCUCGGGACGCAUAUUGGUGACCGGGAGCGUAGGCGGCCUGAUGGCGCUUCCCUUCAACGCCGUCUACUGCGCCAGCAAGUUCGCGCUCGAGGGUUUAUGCGAGAGUCUGGCGAUUCUGCUGCAGCCCUUCGGGGUCCACGUGAGCCUCAUCGAAUGCGGCCCAGUGCACACCCGCUUCCCCGAGAAGCUGGAGGGCGGCCUGGGCGGGAUGCUGGACCGCGCGGACGCCGAGACCCGCGACCUCUUCUACCGCUACCGUCGCCACUGCGAGCGGGUCAUACGCGAGGCGGGUCAGGACCCGGAGGAGGUGGUAGAGGUCUUCCUCCAGGCGCUGCGCGCCCCGCGCCCGGCCCUGCGCUACUUCACUACCGAACGGUUCCUGCCGCUGGUGCAGCUGCGCGUCUCCGACCCCAGCGGCUCCAGCUACGUCGCGGCUGCGCACCAGUCAGCGUUCCACGACAAGGCCGCCGAGGGCUCCGACGGCGCCGGGGCGGAGGCCGAAGCUGGUAAACUGGGGGCAUCUGAGCUCCGCGCUCCUCUCGCCCCGCAAUAA